GUCCAACUUUAGACACAUUAUCAGUUAUACCGUUGUUCUCACUUAAACGUUCACAAUGCAAUUAAAGUUUGUGCUAUUCGCUAUUUUAGUGGCGGCUUUUGAAAUUGUUUCCGCCACAAAUUACUGUGAUACAUCCUUGUGUAGUUCUGACCAACAUAUAGCAUGCAAUAAUACUGGGAAUUUUGCAUCGUCGUGCCAAAAUGCAGCCUUAGCCUCACUGACACAAGAAACUAAAAAUUUGAUUGUUAGUGCGCACAAUACCAAGCGUAACACAGUGGCUGGCGGAAGUACCGCACUCGAACCCGCUUGCCGCAUGGCCACCAUGACAUGGGAUGACGAAUUGGCCUUCUUGGCUGAACUGAAUGUCAAACAAUGCCAAAUGAGGCAUGACGCUUGUCACAAUACCGAUGCCUUCCAAUAUUCUGGCCAAAAUCUUGCUUGGAUAGGCUUCUAUGGAUCAGCGGACAUUGCGUCAUUGGCACAGCAAUCAGUCGAUUUGUGGUAUGACGAAAUUGAGGAUACCACAAUGGAUUAUAUAAAUAGUUAUCCAAAUAACUAUCAAGGACCCACCAUUGGCCAUUUUACUGUCAUGGUGGCCGACCGGAAUAUUAAAGUAGGAUGCGCCGCAUCCACGUACUCGGUGUCGGGCCAAUCAUAUAAGGCCUUCCUCUUCGCUUGUAACUAUGCCACAACCAACAUGAUUAAUUUCCCGAUUUACACAUCCUGUGAGACAGCGGCUUCGAAUUGUACUACUGGCAAUAAUCCAGACUUUAGUAGCCUUUGCUCAGUGUCAGAAGAAUAUGAUGUUAAUAAAUGGGUUUAAAAAGAAA